AUGGAGGAAUUUUUUUCGGAGCUCAACAACAGGCUAUCGGCGGAGGAGAACGUCAACAUCAGCACAUGCCAAGUGCAGCCGAUCUACAACGUGUUGCCGGACAACUACGAUAAGUUUAUGCCACCUUUCAGCAAGGGCAGGGCUCUUGAUGUUCAGGUCACCUUCUGGAUCUUGACAAUAACGCAGAUCAGUGAGAUGAGGCAAGAUUUCACUGUGAACAUGUACUUACGUGUCUACUGGAAAGACUUCAGGAUAUUGUUUCCACGCUGCUACUUGCCUGUCGAGUCGUACAUCUUCAACGGAGUGUACAUCAACCUCACCUUUAACUCGCCCGGCGUCUACUUCAACAACUUCAAGUUCAAAAUUCCCCAGUACACACUGAGCUCGGUGGAGUCACAUGACUGUUCAUACUAUCACAUGUAUGAGGGCGCCAACCUGACCCACACCUGCGUUCAGGCCACGUUCAUAUUCGACCGCCAGUUCAGCUACUACUUUGUGCAGAUGUACCUGCCGUCGAUUCUUAUCGUACUCGUCUCGUUUCUGAGCUUCUGGAUCCCGGUGGAGAACGUGCCGGGUCGCGUGGCGCUGGGUGUGACGUCUCUGCUCACGCUGGCCACCCAGUUCACCACCAUGCAGCGCUCGCUGCCGCCCGUCUCCUAUAUGAAGGCCAUUGACGUCUGGAUGUUCUUCUGCAUCGUGGUGGUCUUCCUGGCCAUGGUGGAGUUUACUCUGGCUUACAACUUCAAGAUCACUAUGACCGUUGGAGUUGCAGUUUGA